GUGAAGUAUUUAAAUAAUUAUUUAAGCAUGCCCCGGUUACGAUUGCCAGCCAGAGUUGGCCCACUUUCGGUGGGGCCGCUGCUGCUGCUGCCGCUGCUGGUGCUGCUCGCGUUUGACGACGCCGUCGCCCAGGGCAACUUCGAGGAUGCGGACAAGGCGAACGAGUACACGGAUCAGCAGUUCGAUUUGCGUCACACCAUACCCGGUGAGCCGGGCGUCGACUAUCCCAUAUUGAGCGAGGUGCCCAAGACGAGUUUCGUUUGCAGGGGCCGACACGAAGGUUAUUAUGCGGAUGUGGAGAGUCGCUGUCAGGCGUUUCGCAUUUGCGCCCACACCGCACGCUCGGCGCAGGGCUUUGGCUUUCUCUGUCCGAACGGCACGAUCUUCAACCAGCAGAAAUUCGUCUGCGAUUGGUAUCGCAAUGUGGACUGCGACCAGUCGGAGCAGUACUAUGACAUGAACAACGAGAGCACCGUGGGCAGCACACAGGAGAUGAUGGAGCGUGUGCGCCAGAUGAUGGAGUAUCCCACCAAGACCAUAUCGCAAGUGCUGCAGCAGCAGGAGUUGAAUCAGCGCCGGCAACAGCCCAACAGGCAUCAAACCCUCAGCAAGGACCUGAGCACCGUCAGCGGUGUCCUCGACCAACCAGCGGCCGUUGCCAAUGAGAAACAGACGCUGCGCGGCGAGGACAUCAAGAGCGAAGCUCUGUUGGCUCCGAUUGUCACAGCUGAGGCCAACGAGCCCGAGGACGGCGAGGACAUCUAUGUGAACAGCCUGGGUGAGCUGUCCUCCGAUCCGGGCAUCCAGUUCGAUCACACGAAUGCGCACAUCAUAGCCGAGUAUCCGCGCGAGUAUCACUAUCAGAAGCAGAAGAACUUUGCGGCGCGCGUCAAUGCGGGCCUCGAGCUGCUGGACGGCAGCUCAGCUGGAUCCAAUGAGCAGAUGGCGCCCGAGUACAUCAAGCAGAUACGCAACACCAAGGAGGAGGCGACACAGCUGGAUCUGGUGGCCAACAUCAAUAACUUGCUGGAGGAGGUCUCCACCGACUUGGAUCCCAGCGUCUCGGGCUACCAGUCAAUGAGCCCGCAGAAGGUGAAGCAACCCUUUAGAUUCCUCAGUCGUGGAUUCUCCAUGCAGGCCAACGAAAAGGAGGCCGGCAAAGGCCACUCGUCCUAUGUGUACAAUAGACCCAAGCAAACGCCGGGCACGGUACGAUUUACGUCCAAUGAGAUACCCAUUGAUGCUCACAAAGACAUUGACCACAAGCUUAAAUUCAACAAUAAUGACAAAACCACAAGCAGCAGCAGCACCACCACCACCACCACCAGUACUACUACAACCACAACCACAGAAACGCCUCUUGAAACAUUGUUAAUUGCACCCACAUUGCCGCCAGCAUUCGAUGAGCAAGACGCGACCACAGCGCAGACGACAGUCGAGCCAGCUGCGGACAAUAGCAGCGAGCUGCCCAUUAUCGAGUCGAUUGGCCAAGCUGCGGCACUGACGGCCAGCUUGAGUGAGGACCUGGAGCAGGCUGAGCCCGCACCACUGAGCGCCGCUGCGGCGGAUAAGACGGAUGUGGAUCUGCAGGCCGAGAAGCUGCUGCUGGCGGGCGUCAAGCUGACCUCGCACGAUGAGGAGACGGCGCUGCGGAGCAACAAAUUGACGCUGGGCAAGACCACAACACGCCCCACUCGCACCACCCGCACCACGCGCACCACAGUGCGGCCAACCACGACGCCCGCGAUGAGCACCUCGACGGAAACUGUGACAGAGAUCAGCAGCACGCAGGAGCGCAUACGCAGCUACCGGCGCUUUGCCCAGAAGCGCGUGGGUAGCGGCACCUUGCGGCGACAGGGGGCAGUGAAGCGCAGCACUACAACACCUAGCACCACCAAGGCCACAACUACAGCACGCCCAACCACGCCCACACGCAGCUAUUCAGACCGCUUGGCCGCAAGUCGCUUGCGCUUGCAGCGUCUAACCAGCAAAUCCGGCACCACCACAGCAGCACCCACCACCAGUAGAGCUACCACUACUGCUAGCACCACCACUGAGUCGUUUCUAGCUCUUGCGCACCCUGAGCAGAGUCCCAAUAAAAAGGUAUCCGUGCGGGACAUUGAGAAGGAGACGGGACAGCAGCAGCAGCAACAGCAGCAGCAGCGUGCGAGCUGGGACAGCGUGCAGAGCAAUCUGCAGCGUUUUCAAGUGACGCGCGGCAAUCGUGUCUACACGCCAGCAACACGAGCCAGCACCAUUGUCAGCACCACCAGCAGCAUCACCAGCACCACCCAUCGACCCUCGCCCACAGCCAGCGCCCAACGUGGACGCAAUCGCCACUCUACGUACCGUACACACGCACCACAGCUGCGCACUCGCGGCACCACCACGCUACGCAGCACCACAACGACAAAAGCCACCACACAGCGCACCACACCUGCGUCCGCCGCGCUCUCCACACUGACGCAACAGAUUUCCGCUUUAGCCGCCGGCUACAGCUAUGCACCACCACUCACACACACACACGACUAUCUAAAUGCACCCACAACUGCCAUACCGCUCACAAUCGUGGGCAACGCCCAACAGCAAUCACACUUACAGCAGCAACACAUCAGCUCAACUCUUAUUCCCUCCUCCGCUUUUCUGCCCUUCGAUAAGCUAACGCGUGCCAUUGUUGAUGACUCCAUUUUACAGAACUUUAAGAGCAACAGCGCGCACCGAGGCGGCAGCAGCCAGCAGCAGCAGCGGCGGCAGCAGCAACGCGUCACGAAGCCUGCAACCAGCAACAGCUAUCAAUAUGUUAAGCCAGCAGCAGCAGCAGCUCCAGCUUUAGCCAGUUUGACCAUACCACCACGCCCGCAACAGCCACAACAGCAGCAACAGCAACAGCAACAGCCACAACAGCAGCAACAGCUGCCUCCGUUGGUGCUUCCCACUCAGCCAGGCAUUGUUAUUGCUCGUGCCGAGGGACAACGCAUUGUUCCCAGCUCUGCCGACAACAUCAUCUCCUCCCUGGUCAAUCAGCCUCCAGCAAAGAGCAAUCAGGGCAGUUCCUAUGUGGCACUCAGCGAUUUUCUUAACAACAAAUUCGGUGCCAGCAGCAACAUCAACAAACCUACGACAUUGCAACAGCAACAACAGCAACAGCAGCAGCAUCAUCAGCAGCAGCAACAAUUGCAACCUAUUGAACAGUCUUUGCAACAACAAAUUGUCCAGCAGCAACGUCAGCCAGUUAAACAACAACAGCAGCAGCAAUUGAGCUACAUUACACAGCGCUACCAACAACCUCAAAAGCAACAGCCACAGCAACAAUUCCAGCAACAGCAGCAGCAGCAGCAACAGCAACAGCAGCAGCAGCCGUAUCAGCAACAGUUGCAGCACUAUCAACAACAACAACAGCAAUCUCAACGCCCCUCCAUUCAAUCCAUACAACAGCCCUACCUGACGCCCAACAUUUUCGUGCCGUAUCAGCAACAACAGCAACUGUUGCCGCUCUUCCCGCCGCUGGCCACAGGAGCAACAGCACCAACAACAUUUACAGCAAACGCAGCUCUCGUGGUCAGAAAGAAUGAGAAUGGAUCGCAGCUGGAUCACCUGAAUAUUGCACUGCCAGCGCUGCCGAACGCCUUGAUACCAUCGCCCACAUUGCAGGUACCGUCGUCCCCGUUGCAGGUGGCACAAAAGCGAAACGAUGUCCAGAUCGGGCGGCUGCAAUUGUCGGACAGCAACGGCAAGGGCAUGGUGGGUCACGGCUUGGAGGCGGCUUUCUAUGCGGGUCGCACAUCCUACCAGGUGCCGCAGAGCAGCGUCGGCCGCCUGCCCAACGACAUAACGCACUUGCGACGACUGCGCCAGCGACGCCACUGAGACGGCAACAGCAGCAGCAGCGGCGGCAGC